GAGUCCACCCAGUGAAACAAGCAUUGGCCAAUGGACCCCGACAACCCUCAUUGGUCCCGCAUCCCCGCUUCCCUGCCGGGGCUAAGCCGCGCAGCAGGGCUGUGCUUCGGCAUGCACCUCGCAGUCCCACCGCCCAGAUUUCCUGCGCUCAGAAAAGUUACCUCAAACGCAUUCGAUGCUUCCAUCUUCUUUCCGGGCUUCUUUCUGUCCUGGAAAUCCCGGCUCUCUUGUGUUUUAUCUUUUGUUUUCCGGCCCGGUCUCAUGGCGGAUCUUUAUUAAUUACACCAGUGUUCCGCUUCUCCACGCGUAAUUAACGCCCCGAGUUCGUCCGUUCCCCAAACUCGCGUCGUCCCUUCUCUUCCCCACGGGGGACCCGCAUCGGCCCGGCAUGAGCGAGCUCGGUGAUGGAUGGCAGACGGUGAUGCCGACGUCCCACGCCGGUAUGAAGCGCCUGCCCCAUUCGCAAUUGGAGGAAUGCGAACGCAAGAUUCUGGAAGAUUGGGAAGCGUCGCGUCACCACUGGUCUGGCUUAGGCAAGCACCUUCCCCUUGACGACUUCACCGAAGCAAGAAAGCUCCACGACCGACUCAAGCUCGCUUGCGACACACCACUCGGCUCCGGGAGUUUUGGCGUCGUGCAAAAAGUCCAGUUCCACUGCAACAACCGGUCAAUAUGUCUGGCGCGCAAACAGGUCCGGCCGCCAUACCGGAGGUAUCCCGUGUCCUUGUUGCGGGAGGAAGCCAACGUCAUGGAAAGACUAGACCAUGACCAUAUCGUGAAGUUGGUCGGGACGUACUGCAUCCAGACAAGCCUCUACCUCCUCCUAUGGCCGGUUGCUGUCUGCAACCUCGACAUUCUGCUCAACGACAUCGACUCCCUCCGGACGAACGACGGCGAUCGCGACGACAUCAUCAACCGACUGCACGCGCUGGGCCUUGGCGACUUGAGCGCCAUCGAGACGCCCCGCUCCGCUGCACGAACAUCUGCCAACAACGACAACUGUCCCAUUGAGUACCUCCGCCGAAUCAUGGGGUGCAUCACCCGGGCCGUUGCGUAUUGCCACGGCUCCAAUAUACGCCAUCUUGACCUCAAGCCUUCCAACAUUCUUCUGAACCCGGGCCGCGUCUACCUCGCCGACUUCGGGAUUGCGAAAGACGUCCACGACCGGGAGAACACCAUGACCAGGGGCCUGCAAGGAACCCCGAAGUGGAGGGCCCCGGAACUCCAUCAGAGCAAGACCGACUGGUCCAUGAAGGCGGCCGACAUCUACUCCCUGGGGUUAAUAUUGCUCAAUAUCUUCACCGUGAUAUACAACGCGCCCUUGGACGAGUUCGACGCCAUGCUUGGGGAUGUGUCCGUGGAUGGCAGGGCCGAGAAAUUGGAAGAAUAUCUGCCCAAGCUCGAGGGUCUAGCCUUGGCAUCGCAAGACGUGGAUGACGCCAACGCCCCGACAUUUGGUCCCAAGCACAUUGUCGGCCUAGCCUCGAGGAUGGUAUCAAAGGAGCCGUGUUCGAGGCCGGUUAUCUUCCAAGUCGACUCCGAACUUGUCGAACUUGGUGGCCUCGAACAGGUUUACCACUUCCAGUGCUGCAAGCGAAGCAGCCGAUUCUUGACGGAUCGCAUGAACACCAGACUCAAAGUUGUUGCAGAGGAGCGCGACCGCCUCCGGGCGGAGCAUGAACAAAUGGCUAAGCGCCUGCAGGUCCUAGAAGCUCGGGAUGAGACGUACGAGCGGCGCCUGGAGAACGAACGUAAAAUACAUGCUGAGAACAUUACCAAACUGCAAGCCCAACUCGACAAGGAACGGGCCGGACGGAAAAUGGUAGAUGACCUCCUGGUCGAGAUGCAGCAGAACAGUAAACAGCGCCGCCAUAUUGUUCACCAGCCAUCCGCCAACUUCCAGCCCUCUCCCAGCAUACCCGCUCCAGGCGGCCUGACGAUGCGGGCGCGGCCCAGAUCAAAUCUACCCCCUGUUGCAGCUCCCCGGCAACGGCCACCUACGACUCAGGUGCAACAACCGAGUCCGGCCCCAUCAGUCGGAGAUAGCCCCCGGCUUAGCUACUCUCAGUGUGUCAAAGGCGCCGCCACUUCCCAGUCUCCCUCGUUGGCUGCGCCACUUCGACGGGACUCUCUCAUCCCAUCACCAUCGCCAUCACCGGGGAUCAACUCCACCGCCAACCCCAGUCCCGAACUCGCGGGCUUCACGCUUCGGUCCCGCAAAUCCGGCUCACGGCUACCCCUCGCCGUCAACCCUGCCACGCCCAUCCGAUCCGGCACGCCCAUCAUCCACCAAGACCUCUCGUCGACAGACAGCACUCAGUAUAGCAUGAGCGACUCCGUCUUCAGCCGCAUGAGCCUGUCCAAGGUCUCCGUGGCAGGGACCAGCGUCGCCGGAACGCCGCCGACGACCCGUAGCCCCGCCCUGGUCAACGUGCGGAGAGACACCAGCCCGACCGCGGUACCUAAGAGUCCCCACUACGGAGAGCCGGGCCCGAAAACGCCUUCCGAGCCCGAGGUUCCGCACGGUCUGGGCCUCGGAUUGACCGACCGAGAGCGGAGAGAGAGCAUCGCCAGCGAGACAGGGGACGGCGAGACCAGCAUCCGGGAUACGGCGAGCGUAACCAGCUCGGCGGCUUUUCCGUCCGGAAUGCUGAGCCCCGUGCUCAGUGGCUCUGCGCUGUCGUCGCCGAGGGCUGCGUAUGCUUCGGCCGACACCGGGCGAGGCGGUGUGGGCGUGCCGUCAUUGCCCACGGCUCAGAGUUGGGCGGAUGUUGCGCGCCGGCAGAGGAAGGGUUGAAGGGUGGGGUUUGGUCGGUGAACGGGUAGGAGUCCAACGACGACUGCCUCUUUCACGCCAUCACCCCCCUUUCCCGAGAUUAGCUUGGUUCAGCGGCAUG